UAGUUUCUCCUGAAAACCAGUCAAACGUUCUGCUGUGUACUGACUAGUUUUUCUAUGCUGUGCUUGUUUUAGUGCACAGCACCUACUUUAUACCGUGUACUAACUACAGGUUAAUGUACUAACUACAGGUUAAUGUACUAACUACAGGUUAAUGUGUACUAACUACAGGUUAAUGUGUACUAACUACAGGUUAAUGUGUACUAACUACAGGUUAAUGUACUAACUACAGUACUACUAGUUCCUGAUGCAUACAACUAGUUUCUGAUUCAUACUAAAUUUUAUUGUUUAUAGUAACCAGGUUACAUCAUAACUACUUCCUGAUACAUGCUGCUUUUUUAUGUAUUAACUAGUUCCUUAUUAGUACUAACCAGUUUCUGAUAAAUGCUGCUUUUCUAUAUUUAUAAACCAGUUUCUCUUCAGUGCUAACUAGUUUUGGAUGUGUGGUAAGUAGUUUCUGAUAGACACUGCUUUUUAUUGUCUAUUGACUAGUUAAAAUAUUAGAACUAACUGGUUUACUAUUAGUACUAACUAGUUAACUAUGAUUACUAACUAGGUUACUAUUAGUACUAACUAGUUUCUGAUACAUGCUGCUUUUUAUGUAUAUUGACUAGUUUUUUAUUAGUACUAACUAGUUUCUGGUUUGUAGUAACUUGUUUCUGCUGCUUUUGAAUGUAAAUUAACUAGUUUCGUGCCAUACUAACUCGUGUUCUGACUAAUUUCUGAUUCAUGAUUCAUGCUAACCGUUACGUUAGCAGUGUUUAAAGCAUGCUAACUAGCUGCUAACAUGUAGCUAGUAGCUAUUGAUACGUGCCACUCUUAUUGAUUAACCAGCUUCUUAUUAGUACUGACUAGUUUCUGAUAAAUGCUGCUUUAAUAUUUGUAUUAACUGGUUGUUGAUGAGUAUUAACUAGUUGUUUAUGAGUAUUAACUAGUUGUUGAUGUGUAAUAGCUUCUUAUUUGUUAUUUAACUGUUUUCUGACUCGUAGUAACUUAUUUCUAGUGCAUGCUGACUAGUUUUGCAUUUGUAAUAGUUCAUUUUUGAUGGUUAUUGACGAGUUUCUGAUUCAUCUUAACUAAUUUCUGAUCCACAGUAACUAGUCACUGAUAUAUGCUGCUUAUUUCUGCCUAGUAGCUAGUUACUGAGGUGUAGUUUCCCAUAUCUAGUGCAUAAUAGCUAAUAGGGGUAACUAACUAGUAACUAGUUGCAGAAUUGUACUAACUAGUUUCAGACGUGUAUUAACUAGUUUGUGAUAUCUGCUGUUGUUUAUGUCGACUAACCAGUUUCUAUCUCAUCCUAUUUUCUGACACGUAGUAACUAAUUACUGAUACUGCUUUUAAAUAUGCAUUAACUAGUUUUUCAUGUAUAGUAACUAGUUUUUGACUCAUAGUAGCUAUUUUCUGAUGUUUACCAACUAGUGUUGCUUUAGUAGAAACUAUUUUCUGAUCCAUAUUAACUAGUUUUUGACACAUAGUAACUGAUACAUGCUGCUUUUAAAUAUGUAUUAACUAGUUUUUCAUGCUUAGUAACAAGUUUUUGAAUCAUAGUAACUAUUUUCAGACGUGGACUAACUAGUUUAGUGUAAUGUAUAUGGCUUUUUAUUGCCACUUACUAGUUUCUGACUUGUAGUAACUAACUUCUCAUGUGUGCUAACUAGUUUCACUUGUACAAUGACUAGUUUUUGAUGAUUAAUAACUAGUUUCUGAUACAUCUUGGGUUUUUUUCUAGUGUACUAACUAGUUCCAGAUGUGCACUAACUAAUUUAAGAUUCAUACUACUUUUUUUCUUGGUACUAACUAGUUUCUGACUCGUAGUAACUAGUUUCACAUGUGUACAAACUAGUUUUUGAUGCACACCAACUAGUUUUGACUGAUGCAUACGGCUUUUUUUCUGGGCACUAACUAGUUUUUGAUAUAUACUGCUUUCCUAGUAUAGUAACUAGUUUCUGGCUGCCAGUAACUAGUUUCAGAUGUGCACUAACUAGUUUUUAUUGUAUAGUAACUAGUCUCUGAUGCAUACAGCUUUUUUUCUGGGCACUAACUACUUUCUAACUUGUAGUAACUAACUUUUUGAUGCGUACUAGUUUAUGAUGUACACUAACUAGUUUCUGACUCAUACUAACUAGUUUGACAUGUGCAGCAACUAGUUUAUGAUGGACUCUAACUAGUCUUUGACUCGUACUAACUAGUUCCAGAGUACUGGUUAGUACUACUAGCUACACUAACUAGUAGUACUAACUAGUCCCACAUGUUUACUAACUAGUACGCUACACAGUCAGAUGAUCAUUUCUGCUAUUGAUAAUUUUCUGAUAUUGAUAAUCGAUCAGUUCUGAUAUCUGUUGAUCAGCUGCUCUUCUGUUUUUAUGUCCGAUAUUGAUCGAUUGAUCAGUUCUGUCUCUGACCAGCCUCUGCCUCCUGCCUGUAUAUACUGAGGAACCUCUAAUUGAUCGGUUAUUGAUCAGCUGUCUGUCUGUAUAUAUAUUUAUAGGUUUUAUUAUUAUUUUUCUGCAUAUGGGUUCAUAUUUCUGCACCAAAGACUGAUAAUUCUUCUGAUUAUCACGGAAACGAACAUCUUAUUUGCUGAUAUUCUCUCUAUUUUUCUACAGAUUUGUUUAUUUUGCUUUUGUUUACAAGCUGGAAUUUAUGAAUAUUUAUAUGAAUGUGAGGAUUUUUAUUCAAAUGAAGGCUGUGAAGAUGAUUUUAACCUUUCUGUUCUUUUAUCUUCACACUUUGUCUUUAUGUCAAUAAAACACAAGAUUUCUAUCAAGCAAAUGAUUUUAGGGGUUUCAUUUUAACCUGAAUUUAAUUUUCUCCUGAAAUCGACUGAAUGGUUGAAAGCUCCAGAAAAGAACACAGUAAGUUGACUGUUUUGUUGCUUAAAUUUACAAAAAUGUUCUACAGUCAUGUAUUUUUGUUGUUGUUGUUUUGUUUGUUUUUAUUUUUUUGCAUGUUUAGGUGCUGAACUUAUUGCUGGUUAAUUUAAAGUUUUGUUUUUACACCAAACUCCAUUCAAAAAAUUAACAAUUUAAAGUUUUAAUUUACAUCCAUUCUUGGUAGAAUUUGACUGCUUUUGUUUCUCAAUCGACAAUAAUCCAGUUUCACUUUUUCUUUCACAUUUUUAAAUAUACAACAGAAUUAAAAUGAUGAAUAUUUUAACAGAGUUUAAUGUUUUAGACUCAGAAAACCUCGUUUUUAUCUCUAUUAUGACAAACCAAACUCCAUUCAAAAAUAUUCAAAUUUAAAGUUUUUCUUUGUGUUUAUUCUGAGUAGAACUUUUUAUUUCUUUAUCAACUUGGAUCAGAUGUCAAAAGUCUAAAAAUAUUUUUUUCUAAUUAAAAUGUUAAAUAAUUUAAUGCAGUUUGAUGUUUUAGACUCAAAUUUCUGCUUUUAUCCACUAUUAUAUAAUUUUAUUCAUUUUAAUCAUUAAAUAAUUAAACAUAAAAUCAGAAUCUAAACUAUUUAACAAGCGUGAGUUAAUUUAUUAAAUAACGUUAGGACUAAAUGCACAUUUUUAACAUCCAGACAGUGUUAAGUUAAUGAACAUUUGAAUGGAGUUUGGUGUUUUAGUCCAACUAAUCUCUACGAUAUUCAAAAAGUAAACAAAGUAUUUUAAAUUAUCAGUGAUAAAAUAUUAAAAUCUAAAUUCUGCAUUAAGCUCAAGUCAGUUUAUUGAACCUUUUGACUUCUGGAUUUAAAUCAACAAACAUUUAAUCAACAUUUACACCAAACCUCAUUCAGACAUCUGAUAUUUUAAGGUUUUGUUUCUUAUUAGAAUCUAAAUAAUCAAAUUAAUUCAGAAAUUAAUUUAACUUUUAUACUCACUGCACUUUUUUAAUGGUCAGAAUUUUAAAUAAAUUCCAGUUUUUCUGUUUGUUAAACUGGGCUGCACAGUGGCGUAGUGGUUAGCACUUUCGCCUUGCAGCUAGAAGAUCCCUGGUUCGCGUCCCGACUUUCCCGGGAUCUUUCUGCAUGGAGUUUGCAUGUUCUCCCUGUGCAUGCGUGGGUUCUCUCCGGGUACUCCGGCUUCCUCCCACAGUCCAAAAAUAUGCUGAGGUUAAUUGAUCAUUCUAAAUUGCCCGUAGGUGUGAAUGUGAGAGUGAUUGUUUGUCUCUGUAUGUAGCCCUGUGACAGACUGGUGACCUGUCUAGGGUGUCCCCUGCCUUCACCUGAGUCAGCUGGGAUAGACUCCAGCCCCCCCAUGACCCUAAUGAGGAUUAAGCGGUGUAUAGAUAAUGGAUGGAUGGAUGGAUGGAUGGAUGGAUGGAUGGAUGUUUGUUAAACUUGAACUUUCCACCAAACUUCAUUCAAAAAUCUAAUUUUGUGUCAUUUUAGAAGGACUUUUGGACACUUUUCCAGUUUUUUGAGACACAUUUUCAUCAUUUUGGACUCGUGUCAUUCUGGAACAUUUUUACUUGUUUGGGGAUUUACUUCUAUAUUUUUUAAUCUUUUUAGAAAUAUUCUGAGUCCCUUAUUUAUUGAGUUUUCUUGGACAAACUGAGUCAUUUUGCGACCAAUUUUAGUCAUUUUUGUCAAUUUUUGCUCGUAUUUGGAGAAAUUUGAAGCCCCUUUGGUUGUAUUUAGAGUUAUUUUGGACAUUUUGACUCGUGGGUUUUUUGGGUUUUUUUACUUGUUUUGGGUUGAUUUUGACUCAUUUCUAAUUAUUUGGAAGACAUUUUCAUCAUUUCAGACUAAUUUUAUGUCAUUCUGGACCAUUUAUCCUUAUUUUUUUAUUCACUUGGGAUAUGUGUUGUAAUUUCAGGAAUGUUAGGACAUUUUUCAGGCGCUUUGGUUAUUUAUUGAGUUUUUUUGACCAUUUUCACUUAUUUUGGAAAAAUUUUGAAUAAUUUUAGCCAACUUUUAUGUCAUUUUGGAUAAUUGUCAAUGCAGUUUGGACAAUGUUGUUAUUAUUUUUGGACAGAUUUCUAGUUCUAUUGGACAAGUUUAAAGUCGUUUUGGACUAAUUUUUUAAAAAAUCGUUUUAGGUGAGUUUUGUGUCAUUAUGGACAAAUUUUCGUUUUUUGGGACACAUUUUCAUCAUUUUGGACCAAUUCUGUGUCAUUUUGGAUAAUUUUUACUUGUUUUUGUAUUUAUUUAUAUAGUUUGGAAUCUUUUUAGAAAUAUUCUGAGUCACUUUGGGUUUUUUUUAGUUUUCUUGACCAAACUUUGAGUCAUUUCGGGACCAAUUUUAAUCAUUUUCUGCUCCUCCGGAUCAAAUGUCGAGACGUUUUUUAAUUAAUAAUCAUAAAGCUUCUGAUCCCUUCGACCAAUCAGAGUCCAGCUAUGACGUCAGCGACCGAGCGAGUCCAGGUCCGGUCCAAUCAGGAUCCUCCGGGACUCGGACUGGUCCAGAGUCCCGCCGAGGCUCCGGCAGAGUGGAAAAGUUUACCGGGAAGAUCAGCAGCAUCCGAGCAGAGACCCGGGACGGAUGCAGCCCCGGAGAGAACCGGAGAGAACCGGAGAGAACCGGAGAGAACCGUGACAUCAGCGGGACAUCAGCGGGACACCGGGAAGCACCGGGACCGGGCCGCCUGGAGCCUCGAUGGGCAGACUGAGCGGCUGACGGCUGCAGAGGGAUGGAGGCUCGGAGCUGCGGAGUCCGACACGUGUGCGCGCUGACGCUGCUGCUCGUGUCCGUGUGUCCGCCGCGCUGCCGGUCCAGCUGGAUGUGGCUCGGUGUGACCUCCGCCGGGGCCCCGGAGAAGCUGAGCUGCUCCAACCCGCCUCUGAGCGCCCGGCAGCGGGAUCUGUGCCGCCGGAAGCCGUUCCUGCUGCCCAGCGUGCAGGACGGAGCCCGGCUGGCGGUGGCCGAGUGUCGGAGUCAGUUCAGGCACGAACGGUGGAACUGUUCCACCUCCGAGGAGCCGCCGGUGUUCGGACACGAGCUGACGAGCGGAACCAAAGAGACGGCGUUCAUCUACGCGGUGAUGGCGGCGGGACUCGUCCACGCUGUGACGCGGUCCUGUAGUCAGGGCAACAUGACGGAGUGCGGCUGCGACGCUCGGCUGCGGGGCGGCAGCUCGGCGGUGGAGGGGUGGCACUGGGGCGGCUGCUCCGACCACAUCCAGUACGGAACCUGGUUCAGCCGCAGGUUCAUGGACGGCACCACCAAGAACACGUCAACGAGCUGCGGCGGCUACACGCUACACACCAUGAACCAACACAACAGCGAAGCCGGCCGACAGGCGGUUGACAGGACGAUGUCCACAGACUGUCGUUGUCAUGGCAUCUCCGGUUCCUGCGCGGUGAAGACGUGUUGGAGGACGAUGGCGGCAUUUGAGCGGGUCGGUUCGUACUUGAAGGAUCGGUACCUGGACAGCAUCCAGGUGUCGGACCGAUCCAGGAGGAAGACGAGGAGGAAGGAGCAACGCCGCCUCCCGGUGGACAAAUACCAGCUCAUCUUCCUCAACAAGUCUCCCAACUACUGCCUGGAGGACCGGCGGCGUGGCGUCGCCGGCACCAGGGGGCGCCGCUGCAACCGGACCUCCAGCGGGCCGGACGGCUGCAACCUGCUGUGCUGCGGUCGAGGAUACAACACACACGUGGUCCGACACGUCCAGCGCUGCGAGUGCAAGUUCGUCUGGUGCUGCUACGUCCGCUGCAGGCGCUGCGAGAGCAUGAACGACAUGCACACCUGUAAAUAACACCUGGACACGUCACACCUGUAAAUAACACCUGGACACAUCACACCUGUAAACACCUGGACACGUCACACCUGUAAAUAACACCUGGACACGUCACACCUGUAAACACCUGGACACGUCACACCUGUAAAUAACACCUGGACACGUCACACCUGUAAAUAACACCUGGACACGUCACACCUGUAAACACCUGGAAACAUCACACCUGUAAAUAACACCUGGACACAUCACACCUGUAAACACCUGGACACAUCACACCUGUAAAUAACACCUGGACACAUCACACCUGUAAACACCUGGACACAUCACACCUGUAAAUAACACCUGGACACAUCACACCUGUAAAUAACACCUGGACACGUCACACCUGUAAACACCUGGACACAUCACACCUGUAAACAACACCUGGACACGUCACACCUGUAAAUAACACCUGGACAGAUCACACCUGUAAACACCUGGACACGUCACACCUGUAAAUAACACCUGGACACGUCACACCUGUAAAUAACACCUGGACACAUCACACCUGUAAACACCUGGACACAUCACACCUGUAAAUAACACCUGGACACAUCACACCUGUAAAUAACACCUGGACACGUCACACCUGUAAACACCUGGACACAUCACACCUGUAAACAACACCUGGACACGUCACACCUGUAAAUAACACCUGGACAGAUCACACCUGUAAACACCUGGACACGUCACACCUGUAAAUAACACCUGGACACGUCACACCUGUAAAUAACACCUGGACACAUCACACCUGGAAACAUCACACCUGUAAACAACACCUGGACACAUCACACCUGUAAACACCUGGACACAUCACACCUGUAAAUAACACCUGGACACGUCACACCUGUAAACAACACCUGGACACAUCACACCUGUAAACACCUGGACACAUCACACCUGUAAAUAACACCUGGACACAUCACACCUGUAAAUAACACCUGGACACGUCACACCUGUAAACAACACCUGGACACAUCACACCUGUAAAUAACACCUGGACACGUCACACCUGUAAAUAACACCUGGACACGUCACACCUGUAAAUAACACCUGGACACGUCACACCUGUAAACAACACCUGGACACGUCACACCUGUAAAUAACACCUGGACACGUCACACCUGUAAACAACACCUGGACACGUCACACCUGUAAAUAACACCUGGACACGUCACACCUGUAAAUAACACCUGGACACGUCACACCUGUAAAUAACACCUGGACACGUCACAGCUGUAAACACCUGGAUACAUCACACCUGCUCAGUUUCAACACUAGAUUCUUCUGCUGAUCAGCUGUUUGAUCUCUAAUAUGUCUGAAAAAACAACAGUUCUUCUCAACGAAUUCUGUUUCUGGACUAAAAAGGAACAAACAUGAUGAAACCUGCACGAGGCAGCCAGCAGGUGAUAUGUUCCUCCAGCCUCACAGAUCGAGUUCUCGGUUCUGAACGGAUCUUCAGGAACCAUCCGACACAGAACAGGAACUCAUAGAAACUUUAGGAGGAACGUCUCGGUUUCUGCAGCUCGUUUCUGGUAGAACAUAAGGGAUAAAUGCAGGAACCUGAAGUCCAAACUGAAGAUCCACAAACUGAUCCUGGAUCAUUUCUGCAGAACUCUUCAGGACUCGAUUCUGAAACUUUUCCAGCAGAAAACAAUCAUGGAUCCUUUUUUUGUAUUUGUAAAUAAACAUUUAUUUAUGUGUAAAUAAUUCCACGUUGAAUUUUGGGGGGAAAAAAUCCUAUUUUUGUAAAAAUGUUCCAUCAAAUUCAUAAACUGACGUUCAGAUGAUGGAUAUGAUUUAGUAAAUAUGAAUUUAAA